AAAAGGCUGGGACUUUACUCCCGCGGCGGAGAGCGAGUCCGUGCUCCAUCUGCUGCCGCAACCGCCGCGCCCGGAGCCUGGGCCACGAUGAGCGGCAGAGUCGGCGAUCUGAGCCCCAGGCAGAAGGAGGCACUGGCCAAGUUUCGGGAGAACGUCCAUGAUGUGCUGCCCACUCUGCCGAAUCCAGAUGACUAUUUUCUCCUGCGCUGGCUCCGAGCAAGAAGCUUCGACCUGCAGAAGUCUGAGGCCAUGCUCCGGAAGCAUGUGGAGGUCCGAAAGCAAAAGGACAUUGACAACAUCAUGAGCUGGCAGCCUCCAGAGGUGGUCCAACAGUAUCUCUCAGGGGGCAUGUGUGGCUAUGACCUGGAUGGCUGCCCCAUCUGGUACGACAUCAUUGGACCUCUGGAUGCCAAGGGUCUGCUCCUCUCAGCCACCAAACAGGACUUGGUCAAGACCAAGAUGCGGGACUGCGAGCUGCUUCUGCGGGAGUGCGCCUGCCAGACCGAAAAGACGGGGAAGAAGAUAGAGACCAUCACCCUGAUUUAUGACUGUGAGGGGCUUGGCCUCAAACAUCUCUGGAAGCCAGCUGUGGAGGCCUAUGGAGAGUUUCUCUGCAUGUUUGAGGAAAAUUACCCCGAAACACUGAAGCGUCUUUUUGUUAUUAAAGCCCCCAAGCUGUUUCCUGUGGCCUAUAACCUCAUCAAACCCUUCCUGAGUGAGGACACUCGUAAGAAGAUCAUGGUCCUGGGGGCAAACUGGAAGGAGGUUUUACUGAAACAUGUCAGCCCUGACCAGCUGCCUGUGGAGUAUGGGGGCACCAUGACUGACCCUGAUGGAGACCCCAAGUGUAAAUCCAAGAUCAACUACGGGGGUGACAUCCCCAAGAAGUAUUACGUGCGAGACCAGGUGAAACAGCAGUACGAACACAGUGUGCAGAUUUCCCGGGGCUCCUCCCACCAAGUGGAGUAUGAAAUUCUCUUCCCAGGCUGUGUCCUCAGGUGGCAGUUCAUGUCGGAUGGUUCGGACAUCGGUUUUGGGAUUUUCCUGAAGACCAAAAUGGGGGAGCGGCAGAGGGCAGGGGAGAUGACAGAGGUGCUGGCCAACCAGAGGUACAAUGCCCACCUGGUCCCUGAGGAUGGGACCCUCACCUGCAGCGAUCCUGGCAUCUAUGUCCUGCGGUUUGACAACACCUACAGCUUCAUUCAUGCAAAGAAGGUCAGUUUCACCGUGGAGGUCCUGCUUCCAGACAAAGCCUCAGAAGAGAAAAUGAAACAGCUGGGGGCAGUCACCCCAAAGUAACACCUCCUCCCACAGCAGGCCUGGCUCCCUCAGCGUCUCCCUGUCAGUUUCUAUCCCUUGUAGCAGUCAUUUUCCCAGCACUCUGACGCCCAAAGAAACUGGGCUAGAAGAAAGACCUCGGGGCUGGAUCUGGGGAGCCUUCAUUUCAGAAUUAGGAAGAGGGAGACUAGAUGGAGUGGGCCUCCUUGCCUCUCAAAUUACUAAGAAGUCCCCAGGGGCUGAGCAUCGUGACAGCAUCUGUCUUAAAAGCUGUGCCAACUUCACCUGUCCAGUGACAGAUGAGACAGGAAGAGGGGUACCAUGGGGUGGCAGGGAGGAAAUUAGGAAAAAGGGGAGAGAUUGAGACCUAACACUUUAGGGAAGCUAGCUGCAGGGGAGGAACUUGCUCCCAAAUGAACAUGUAAGUCUAGAUCAUAAUAAGGAGUAGCAAGGUAGCCGGUUGCUAGAGUUACGGUGGGGGUCUGAGGCUCUUCUGAACUUUCUACCGAGGCUAGGAUCUUUUGGCUUUUCCCAGGUCUCGGGAGGGGGCCCGAGUCAGCAUAGGUCUUCCGUUUCAAGGGUAGACAGGCAGGCCUCUCCCUCACCUCGAGGAAUCCACCAAUUCCUGGGUCCCACUGGCUGCCUCUUUAAUUACUAAUGAUUGUCAGUGACUCAGAGCUUCCUGGGACAGUGAGCUUUGGUACCCAGCCAUUGUCCUUCAGUGCAAACAAAGCACAGAGAAGUUACCUCCAGGGAUCCCAGCUCCGUGAAGGGCCAGGGAGGCUGGCGGUGGGUGUGAGUCCUGAAGCUUCCACCCCUCAGAAACCCAGGCCCUGACCCAUCCUGGGGAGAUGGUCUGGCCAAGCUGAGGGAGCAGGAGUCAGGGGCAAGGCUGGCACUGACAGGAGGCCCCGAGGCCGCAUGGGUCCCAGCCAGACCCCCCCAGGAGGAUAUCCCGACCUUGGUUUACAGCGCUCUGUUAGGAAAAGUAACCAAUGAAUAAAGAACGUUCAGCGCGCAGGGCGUGGAAGUUAGUACCCUCCGCCUAGCUCCUCACAGUUCCUCACACAGGCAAACUUCCGCCUCGGGGUGCCAGCUUCUCCCCGCCAAUAAGCGGGGCGCAUGCGCAGAAGCCAUCUGCUCGUCUUCCGUGCGCUGACGGAGUCCCGACGGCCUGCUCGCCCCCUGAUUGGCCCAGCCGGUGGGCUGUCCUCCGCCAUCUUUGCUAAGGGCACUAAGGGUGCACCUGACCACCUUCACGGUCAGGACGGAGGCCCCGCCCAACUCGGGCUUCUCUGAGCGCGCCAACUAGUGCGGGUCUGGCGAGCGCGCGCGGCGCCUGCGGUGGGCCUGGAUUGGG